AUGUUUUCCCAUUGGAUUUUUAGGAUCAAGCGGUUCCUGGUCAAGAAACAAAAGCAGAAUGGGGCCAAUCCUCAAUGGAUUUGGAUAAAAACUGGUAAUAAAAUCAGGUACAACUCCAAGAGUAGGUUCUGGAGAAGAAUCAAGCUGGGUCUGGAAGGAGAAUCACACAUGAGACAUGUGCAAGUGUGUUGUGAUAAGCUGUCAGGAUUCUGCGCACAUAGCAGGCAGAAAGGCACCAUAAGUCUGAAUCAUGUUUGA